UCCUGGAGCAAUCACAAUACACAACAUACUGUACAGUGUUUACUACGGUGCGGUGGCGCGAUCAGCAUGGGUUAGAGUAACAGGAACUAUAGUUACUAGUGACUAGAUCGCUUUGAAACUUAUUAUAAUUUAUCGGGGAAUAUUGUGCGGGAUAUUGUGACGAGAUCUUAUCAGCGACUUGUGACGAGAUCCUAUUUUUUACUCGUUGUUCUUUAUUGUUGUGAACAUGACGUCGGUAACUGCCUAUCAAACCGAAGCCAGUAUUUUCUCCCAGUCGGAAUGGAAGUCGAACCACAGUGUGAGACAAGCUCGUUUAUGUCAAGAAACUGGAUUAGUGAUCAUCAACUGGGAGUUCGGAGAUGACGAUGUCAAUCAGAAUGCGAAGAGAAGGAAGAUGACAGAGAGAUCGACAUCGGGCGAGACAAUUAGGAAAGCCUUGUCGACGUCAUAUCCGUAUAUCUGGCUGCGGGACUUCUGUCACUGUGAGCAGUGUUUCGACGAGGCUUCGGUGACGAAAAAAACGAACCUACAAGACCUUGACUUGCAAACCGCAACCACACAAAUCUCCGUCGACGAUGAUGGCAAACAUAUAAGGAUAACAUGGAGCGACGAUCACGAGAGCGUCUACCCAUCUUCCUGGCUCUGGUGCAACCGUUUCCAUGACACCGCUCCGGAUCCCAUAAUGGAUCUCCCGCCAGAAUUUUGGCGCGCGGAUGAAAUACGAGAUCGUCUGCGCGAGUUUCAGUUUGACGAACUGAUGACGUCAAAUCAAGUGCUUUAUGAUUGGAUGAAAGAAAUCAAAACGCUCGGACUCACGAUGAUUAAGAAUGCCCCUCAGAAUGAAGAAGCCUUAAGUCAGCUAGGGAAGAGGGUUGGAUACCUCAAAGAUACAAAUUUCGGACAGGUUAGUUCAGUGUAUGCUCCAACAAACCCCAAGAACCCUAUCUACACGGCGGGAAAUCUCUUCUUUCAUACCGACCUCACAUAUUACCAACAACAACCAGGGAUCGAAUUACUGCAUUGCAUCAAGCAGUUUGAAGGUGCUGGUGGUGACAGUACCUUAGUCGAUGGUUUCAGUGUAGCCAAACAACUCAAGGAGAUCGACCCGGAAGCAUUUGAAGCCCUAUCGUCCGAAGAUGUGGAGUUCUACCAGACAGGAUUGAUGGGUCCAGGAAGGUACUUCCAGAUGGCCAGGAAUAAAAUCAUUCGUUUAGAUGUGAAUGGCGAGCCGACACAGAUAUCAUACAGCAAUCAUUCUAGAACGUCUGUACUGCGCAUGCCUCCUGAGAGAGUAGCUCUCUUCUACAAGGCGAUGAAACUCUUCACCGAUCUCCUCUACGAUCAAAAGAAUUUGUACACCUACAAGAUGGAGGCUGGUGACGUCAUUGUGAUCAAUAACUUCCGUGUAUUACACGGGCGUAAAGGAUUUGAGAUGAAGAAGGGCUCUGAAAGACAUCUCACUACAGCGUAUCUCGACUGGGAUCUCGUCUAUAGUAGGCUAAGGGUGUUACACACACAACUAAAUAUGUAAAUAAAACAAAACACGAAUGCUAUAUUAUCAAUGCACUCAUAAAAUACACUUUAAAUAAAAAGUUUUAUCACUUUCAUUCAAGGGAAAUCCGACAUUGAUAGCAAACUACUUUAGAGGAAAAGAUGAAAUUCAGAUAAAUGGACUCGUGAAAGAUUGAAUUAACUUUAUUUCUCGUAUAAUUAUGCAUAUAUUUUUGUAUCUUUUAGAUGUUCCGUUUUAUGGCGAAUAAAUAAGAGACGAAUUGAAAUGGAAUAUUUAGGGUGACGUUUGCCCACAUAUUUUUAACCCCCCUUCUAGCCUCUAUAUGGUCCUGCAUGAUCAUUUACUUAAAUGUUAUUUUAUUGCAACACAAUAAUGCAACUAUUUUGGUGUGUGCUAUACAUGUUUGUAUAUCUUUUGACAUCGUCAUGAAAUAAGUU